UAUACAAGCCCCCAGGGAAACUCACGACCUCCGGGCGGCGCAAUUCGCAGACUCCCCCUCGCCCCUCCUCUCGCACGGUGCAGUCAGGUUCAGCAUAGCGGCGCUGCCUCUCGCCCUGUCGUUCGCUCGACGGCAGGCACCCGUGACUCUCCCAAUCGCUGCCUCGCACCGCACGAGACGACCGGGACCAAACCCUAAGGCGUCGGGCGGCGCGACACUGCGAGCGCCGAGGGAUUUGGGGGCGGCGCGGGCGGCGGUCAGGGCGUCAGCCGGCGGCGGUUGCAGCAGGCUGCCACCGCGUCGCUCGGCCAGGGCCCUGGACGGCAGCACCAGAUCAGCUCGAGUUGGUUGCUACAAACAUGCUCGGGCAUGAGUGCCAUGGCUCCGUAUUACCAAGCUGCGACGCUGAUUGCUUCUCCGUCUUACCCUAGCGCCAUCGCGUGGUCAAGUGAGAACUUGGUGGCUGUUGCCUCUGGUCACCUUGUCACUAUCCUGAACCCAGCUGUGCUUCAGGGGCCUCGUGGAUUGGUUGAGCUUCGCCGUAGUGAUCCUUUUCCCAUAGGAGUGGUUAACAGAGAAGAUCUCUUUGAGCCAUGUUUAGUGCCCACUUGCUUAGCACGCGAUUCUGAACCAUGUGCCCGAUCAAUUUCAUGGUCUCAACAAGGAUUUGCACCUAAUGCUGGGUGUUUGCUGGCUGUUUGCACUGUGGAUGGUCAUGUGAAGCUUUACCGAUCACCGAUUUGUGAAUUUUGUGACGAAUGGGUUGAGGUCGCAGAUAUAUCUCAAUUGCUGUUUAACUACUACAAAAAUAUAAAUUUUGGAGAGGACGUUGGUUCUCAUUCGACUCCUCAGAAGAGUGCAAAUACCAAUCACACAGAGGUUUUGGGCUGUACCCAUGAAUUGCAACAACUUCUUUCCUGCAGGGGUCCUGGACGGAGAAAAAUGAAACCAUCAAGAGUUGAUGAUUAUAUUUACGAUGACAACCAAAAUGGUUUAGAUGUUUUGAAGGAUGCAGACUUCUCAUUGAAACCAUGUUCUAAGUCAAAGAAGAAAUCUUUGAAGAAGAUUGUAAAACCUGGACAUGAACUUGCUGCUGUAAAUGGACAACACAGCUCACAAAAUAUUAAAGCACAACUGUCUUCCAAUGGAGAAAACAAGUCUCUUCCUCUUAUCACGGGAAAACAGUAUGCUUGUCGUGAUUCACUUUUGUCUUCUCUCGUAGUUGCAUGGUCUCCGGUUGUGUCAUCAAGUGACUUCACUUGUUUAUCGAGGAAUUGGUGCAUUCUUGCUGUUGGCUCCAAGUCCGGGAAUGUUUCUUUUUGGAAAAUGUGUAAGCCUGAAUACUACACAAUAGAUGUUGGCAUGGUUACCAGAGAUCCAAUGCUCAUAGGGGUUCUGCAAGCUCAUAAGUCAUGGGUCAGUGCCAUAAGUUGGGAUGUUUCUUCUGAGGGUUCUUCAAAAUCUUCAUUACUUUUAGCAACUGGAUGCUCGGAUGGAAGUGUGAAGAUAUGGUCGGGUAAUAUUGAAGGAUUAAAUCAGUGUACGAGUGCAGAAGAAGUGCCCUUUGCAUUAGUUGCUGAGGUCACCACUGAUUUGUCAGCUCCGGUCUCAUCAAUUUCAUUAUCCGUACCUACUCAGCCUCAACAUGAAGUUAAUUUGGCAAUUGGAAGAGUAUCUGGAUCUCUAGAAACAUGGAUAUGGAAUACAUGUAGCAACAGAAUUGAGAAUACCAGUGCAUGCCAUGCACAUGAUCAAGUGGUUACAGAUUUAUCAUGGGGUUUAGAUGGCCAUUGUUUAUACAGCUGCAGUCAGGAUAAUUCUGCGCACUGUUGGAUCUUCCAUGAAAACCACAUUGAAGAAAUUCCUGUGCAUACAAAUUAUCCGGAGCUAAAAGACUCGACAGAUCUAUCAGAAGUAUCUGAUCGAUGCUUUGGUCUUACACUAGCACCUGGAGCACAAAUGAUUGCUUUGGUCCGCAGUUUGGAUCCGAACCUGUUAAACCAGAUGUAUCAAGCCAGGACACAAAAGGCGGUGGUUGAGUUCAUUUGGAUUGGUGGUCAGUUUCUUGGUAUUCCACUAGACAAGAGCAUUCAUGUAUGCAGUCCACAAUCUGCAAUCUUACCUGCGACUAACUUGUGGUGGGGAUCCAACAUUUUGUGGUCAUUAAAGAAAUAUGAAAAUGGUGAAAGGGAACUUGUCUUAUGGGAUGUUGUCACUGUGUUACAAGGUUUCAAGAAAUCUGCACCUACCUUUCUGGAGACUCUAAUGUAUAAAUGGGUAUCAGAUUUGUUUUCAGUGGAUGCCCGAUCACAUUCAAGACAUGACAUGAUGUCCAAUGCCAGUUUGCGGAAGCUACACUUGUUGAAUAUAAUUUGUAGAAAAGUAAUGCUUAGCGAUCAGUAUCCUGAUGCUGAAAAGGAAAAUGAUGCAACAACUGAUUUGUGGAACAAUCUUCUGGUAAGCAGUGAAAGAGAGCUGCGGGAGAGGCUUGUGUCAUUCACCUUUUCUGCUGUCUUAAAUAGAACUGCAUAUUUGCUCAAGGACGACUCUAAUGAAAACAGCUGGUUCCCAGUUGGAGUUGCCCAGAUGGAUUCUUGGGUAUCUUUGAAUGGAGAAGUGCAUAACCAGCUCAAGUCUCUCAGAUUGAGGAUCAAAGAUUUAGGAAGCAGGAUCGACUCGGUGUGCGAAUACUCGGUUGAAGAAACCUGCACCUACUGCUCUGCACCGGUUCACUUCAAGUCACCUGAUGUAGCCAUUUGCAGCGGCAGCAGUCCUGCUACCGCCUCAACAGAAAGGCACAAGUUGUCAAGAUGCAGGACAUCGAUGCGCUUGUGCUCCGUUCUGCAACCAGUGUGGCACUGCGUAUGUUGCGGAGGAAUGGUCGACAAGCUGUUGCCGGAGACAUUCUUUACCUCGCCGGCAUCCCCUUUGGAUGCCAAUCGCGAUGAUGAAUCUCUUGAUUUAUCAGCACCCGCUGUCCCGCUUUGCCCCUUCUGCGGCAUUCUGCUGCAGAGGUCGAUGCCGGCAUUUCUGCUGUCCCCCUCGCCGGUAUAGAAUCUAGUCUCAGUUGCCAUCCUCCAAGUGUAACAUCAACUAUCUUAGUGCAUUAGUUCGAGUUUGUUCUUAGUUGAGGAUGCUUGUGAUAGUGAUAAGAAAUGUUGCCUUGGCAGAAAUACUAAGCAUGGCUCUCAGGCUCUGCCAUUAGUGGCACGCGUGUUUGUGCUAGGCUUGGCUCCAUCAUGUAACACAUUCUUUUGACCACUCGAGUGGCUUGUUAAGGCGAGCAGUGUGCCGCUAUGCAUGGCAACAAUACAACAAAUAAUUGUGACUGAUUUCUUGAUGCCUCA